AUCCACAAAAGCCUCUCUCACAACCACAAAUCACAACAACAACAAAAAAAUCCUAUUCACUUCAUCAAAUAUAAUAACUCACACAUCUUCAAUCUUCAUCAUCUAUUUCAUAAGGCCCUUAAACCUUUAAACACUACCAACUUUGCAUUUUUUUUUUCAAAUUUUCUUUUUUUAAAAAACUACAUAAUAUAAUAAUAUAAUAACAGUAAUAAUAAUAAUAAUAUAAUGCUCUUACGUGGCAUCGUCUCGAGUCCUCUCCCUUCUCUCCGCCUCCAACUCAAACCCCCACUCAAAACCAGAAACGUCGUCGUUUCAUCGCAAACCCCAACCAACGCCACAAGCUACCCUCUCUCCAUCUCCGACGAGGUCCUCGAAUCUCGCGGCUUCGUCCUCCGCCGCAGCGCCGACGGCCUCAACCUCGACGAUCUCAACGGCGUCUUCGUGGCGGUAGGGUUCCCGAAGAGAGAUCCGGAGAAGAUCCGCGUAGCGCUGGAGCACACUGAAUCGCUGCUGUGGGUGGAGUACCUCCGUACACGGCGGCCGGUGGCGUUUGCGAGGGCAACCGGCGACGGAGUGUUCAACGCGAUAAUAUGGGACGUGGUAGUGGAUCCAUCGUUCCAAGGAGUUGGGCUUGGGAAAGCGGUUAUGGAGAGAAUGAUAUCGGAGCUUCUAGAAAAAGGGAUCGUGAACAUUGCUCUUUACUCGGAGCCUAGGGUUCUUGGGUUCUAUAGGCCUCUAGGGUUUGUUGCUGACCCUGAUGGCAUUCGGGGAAUGGUGUAUUCCAGAAAGAACAAGAAGAACAAGAACAAAUAAUUUUACAAUUUAUUUAUUUAUUUUUAUUUAUCAUAA